UAAUGUUAAAGGGAGACGACUCUCUUUGGUGUUUACUGCACGUGUGUUGUUUGAUCACAUCUGAACGGAUAUGGGAAAACGAGGCCAGGGUGGACGUAAAGGGGGCAGGCCUCUGAAUGUGUAUACCUCAGAUGAUGACCCAGAUCCUGAAUCCCAGGACUACUACCAUGAUGACAUUGAUGACUUCCAUGAAGGGAGAAACAAGGUGCUUCUUGAUCAGGGAUAUAAGGAAAGCCGCUUGGAGGACUCCGAUGAAGAGGUAUUUAUUGCACGAUCGAGGUCUCCGACAUACGACCAUACGUCAGAGGAAGACGAUGGUCUGCCAGACAGCAAGACGUGGGGAGCGAAGCGGAACAGGUUCUACCAUGCUGACAUUAUUGAUAACAAGUUUGAUUUUUCGGGGUCGGACGAGGAGACAGGAAAUGCUGCUAUGGAAGAGAAGGAGGCUCUGGCUCUUCAGAGGAAGAUGGCGGAGGAGAUGUGUGACCAGGACUUUGGACUCGACGCCUUCACAGUCAAGCCAGCAAAGAAGAAGGAAGUGAAAGAGGAGGGCAAGGUUGUGAAAGAUUUGUCCAAACUCUCUAGAAGGGAAAAGUUGGAGCUCCUGAAGAAAGAAUCUCCAGAACUGUUGACACUCAUUGAGGACUACAUCUGCAAGAUGACAGAAGUCAAGGACAUUUUCCAACCAUUGCUGACCCUUGUCAAUGAAGGCAAAGUUCAUGGCAGUGCUGCUAAUUACGUCAGGACAAGAUUUCACCUCAAUAUGAAUUACUGUAUCAAUGUGAGCUUCUACCUCAUGCUGAAGGCAAAGCACAUCGCAGCCGAGAACCACCCCGUCGUCAAGAGACUGGUGCAGUACAGAAACCUGAUGAAACAGUUAGAGCCUCUGGACUCCAAGCUCAAGCCUGAGAUUGACGAUAUUCUGGACCGACUGAAGAAUGGGGAAGACGUGGACCUCACACCUCCCCCUGAACAAACAGCAGGGGUCAUUAAGAAGGCUGAGAAACUCAAGAGGAAACUGAAGGAGAAGACAAAAGGCAAGGACCUAGAACCACCAGCGAAGGUGAAGAAACAGACUGGCAGGUUUGAGACCAAGGCCGAGAAGGAUGCAUUGGAGUACUACAGUAUGAUGAAGAAAGGUCGCAACAUGUAUGAUGAUGAUGAUGAUGAUGAUGACGACGACGAUGAUGAUGACAAAGAUGCUGAGAUGGAGGAAGGUGGCAUGGAGCAAGCAGAGCAUGACAAUGAGGAGGAGGAAGAGGGGAAGAGAGCAAUAACAUACCAGAUUGCCAAGAACAAAGGCAUGACCCCCAAGAGGAAGAAAGAACAGAGGAACCCGAGGGUCAAACACAGAAAGAAGUUUGAGAAGGCCAAGGUUCGCAGGAAGGGACAGGUACGCGAGCCAAGGACGGAGAUGACUAGGUAUGCUGGAGAAAUGACAGGUAUUCGUGCUGGUAUUAAACGAGGAAUCAAGCUCAGGUGAUCGGACUCAUCCCAAACAAGUGCUUGCUUACCAGGCAGAUAAGCAUUGGUUCAGCCUGCCGAGCGACGUGUCACUGAGUUUGAUUGUGAAGACAGCUUAGUCGACCAUGUCUAACUAUAUACCGACUCUCAGUUGGGAAACCAAAUAUUAUGAGACUGAAGGAAACCAGCUGUAUUUCUGAAGAAAGCUCAGAUGACCUUGUCUUAUGAGAUCCCAUUGUUGGAAGUCAUUGCAUCAUAAAGGCAGCAUAAACAAGGAAAUAUUCUACAUGUUCAAUACAGCUAGAUUUGAGACAUUGCUGUUGCUGGAAAACCAAGUUCUAUGGAUAAUCAACUUCUUUAUUGCAAUCGGUGUGACGAUUCGGUGUAGGUACUAACACCGUUACCAAGCAAGUGAUAUGUGUUAAUCAAGCAAGCUUGAUAACGGUGUUAGUACCUACACCAAAUCGUCACACCGAUUGCAAUAAAGAAGUUGACUAUCUGUAGAACUUGGUUUUCCUUCAUCUAUCCAACUUCUAAAAUGCUUCUGUACUUGGUGUUAAAAUGCCUCAAAGAAGUAAUUGCUGUUGCUGCUGUACUGAUGUUCCCACAAUAGUGGUACACCAUAAUCUGUUAGUGGUACACCAUAAUCUGUUAGUGGUACACCAUAAUCUGUUGGUGGUACACCAUAAUCUGUUGGUGGUACA